AUGGCUCCCAAAUGUGUCUGUCUGCUCCUGCUGCUGAGCUUUGUAACUGUCCCGGAAGUCAUGAGUGCUGUCUGGAGACCCAGCUGUGCUGCUGGGUGGUUUUACUACAGUUCCCACUGCUAUGGAUACUUCCGGAAGAUGGGAAACUGGUCUCAGGCUGAGGAGGAGUGUCAGAAGUACGGAAGUAAUUCCCACCUGGCAACUGUCUCGAAUCUAAAGGAAGCCAGAAUCAUAGCAAAGUACAUACUUGGCUAUCAGAGAAACCUGCCUGUGUGGAUUGGCCUGCAUGACCCACAGAAGAAGCAGUCAUGGCAAUGGAUUGAUGGGUCUAUAGACCGGUACAUACCCUGGAAUUACAGGACAAAGAGCGAAGCCAGGCACUGUGCUUCGCUGAACCCCAAGGACAGCUUUUUAAGCUGGAACAAAAUCGGAUGCAGCGAGCGCCAACACUUCCUAUGCAAGUACAUGCCAUAG